AUGCGUGAAGAUCCUUUGCCAGAUAUGGACCCCAAUGAAAAAUUCUAUGUGGGAGGCAACCAAAACAGGCUUAGUGGACAAGCUCUGGAGUUCAAGCAACUCAACCUUCAUGCUUGGGAAGCUUUUGAAAAGGGACAGGACAUCCACAUGCAGGCAGCACCAUCCCAGGCUGAAUUACUAUACAAGAGUUUCAAGAUUAAGAAAGAGAAAUUGAAGUCUGAAACCAAGGAGAAAAUUAUGGAGAAGUAUGGGAAUGCUGCUUCUGAAGAACCACUACCCCGGGAGCUUCUUUUUGGUAGCGAGAGAGAGAUUGAAUAUGAUCGGACUGGACGUAUAAUUAAAGGACAGGAUACAUCUGUUCCUAAGAGCAAGUAUGAAGAAGAUGUCUACAUUAAUAACCACACGAGUGUCUGGGGUUCAUGGUGGAAGGAUCAUCAGUGGGGCUAUAAAUGCUGCAAGCAGACUAUUAAAAACAGUUACUGCACAGGUUUAGCUGGAAUUGAGGCUGCUGAAGCUUCAGCAGAUUUGAUGAAAGCAAACAUGGCCCGCAAGGAGGCUGCAGAAGAGGAGUCUGUACAACAUGAAGAGAAACAGCUUGCCACUUGGGGAACUGAUGUCCCUGAUGAUCUUGUUCUUGACAAGAAGAAGCUUGCUGAGUCUUUAAAGAAGGAGGAUGAAAGGAGGAGAGAGGAAAGGGAUGAAUGGAAGAGAAAAUAUAAUGUCAAGUGGAAUGAUGAGGUCACUGCGGAGGACAUGGAAGCCUACCGUAUGGAGAAAAUCCACCAUGACGAUCCAAUGAAAGAUUUUCUGCACUGAACAACACGUUUGUGGAUGUUAUAACUAAUAAUCAUGUUGCUGUUGCCUAUCAUGAUUGUGC